AUGCAGUUCUCUACCAUCACCGCCGUCUUCUUCGCCUCCCUCGCCGUCGCCAGCCCGACUUACGGCGGCAAGUACGAGCCCUGCGGCUCUGCCCUCUACAGCCAGGCUCAGUGCUGUGCUACCGACGUCCUGGAGGUCGCCGGUUUGGACUGCGAUGGUGUCGGUGCCCGCAUCGACAACGCUCAGCACUUUGUCAACCUGUGUGCCGCCAAGGGCCAGCGAGCUCGCUGCUGCGCCAUCCCAGUCCUCGGACAGGCUCUCCUCUGCCAGGAGCCAGAGGGCACCAACUAG